UUCAAGAGAAAGAAACCUAAGAACUCAAAACACAACCAUGCAAACUGUCUUCUUUUUCUCAGUACUCCUUGCAGUAACUCAUGGAAUACAAGCAGUUGAGUACACUGUAACCAACACCGCACUCUCUACACCUGGUGGUAUGCGUUUCCGCGACUAUAUCGGAACACAAUACACCAAACAAACACUAAACUCCGCCACACAAUUCAUAUGGAAAAUCUUCCAAGAGAACAACCCUGCUGACAGAAAAAACGUGCAGAAGGUGAGCUUAUUUGUGGACGAUAUUGAUGGAAUUGCAUUUACAUAUAUAAGCACCAGCGAGAUUCACGUUAGUGCAAGGUAUCUUAAUACGAUUACCACCAUAGAUGAACUUACAGGAGUAUUGUAUCAUGAAAUGACACAUGUUUGGCAGUGGAAUGGAAAUGGUCAAGCAAAUGGUGGAUUGAUUGAAGGCAUAGCAGACUAUGUGAGGUUGAAAGCAAAUUUUGCUCCAAGUCAUUGGGUUAAAGAUGGACAAGGUGAUAAAUGGGAUCAUGGCUAUGAUGUUACAGCUCGUUUUUUGGAUUAUUGUGAUAGUUUAAGAAAUGGAUUUGUGGCAGACUUGAAUAAGUUGAUGAAGAGUGGUUAUAGUGAUGACUUCUUUGCUACGUUGUUGGGAAAGACGCCUGAUCAGUUGUUUAUGGACUAUAAGAAUCAUUAUGGUAAUAUACCCUAA